AUGUACCCCGACACGCAAAGCCAGCCGCAGGGUUGGGCGUCGUUGGAGGAGAGAUAUGAGGUGAUGAAGGAGAUUGGCGACGGCAGCUUCGGCAGCGUCGCUCUUGCCCGAGUACGGACGGCGGGCGCACACGUUGCUCGUCGUGGCACACUCGUCGCCAUCAAGACAAUGAAGAAGACGUUCGACUCAUUUCAGUCUUGCCUGGAGUUGAGAGAGGUGAUCUUCCUCCGGUCACUACCUCCGCACCCCCAUCUCGUUCCCGCAUUGGACAUCUUUCUGGACCCUUACAGCAGGCGACUUCACAUUGCCAUGGAGUUCAUGGACGGCAACCUGUACCAACUGAUGAAGGCGCGGGACCACAAGCCAAUGGACGCGCACAGUGUGAAGAGCGUUCUCUUCCAGAUCCUCUCGGGCUUGGAACACAUCCACCAGCGCGAGUUCUUCCAUCGCGACAUUAAGCCCGAGAACAUUCUUGUAUCAACCUCGCAACAAAACGAUACGUCGCAUCCCUUCCGGAGGUACUCUGCACUUAUGACGCCUCCAUCGACGCCUCCAGUGUACACAAUUAAGAUCGCUGAUUUCGGUCUCGCCCGCGAGACCCACUCCAAGUUGCCAUACACUACAUACGUCUCGACAAGAUGGUAUCGCGCACCCGAAGUCCUGCUACGCGCAGGAUCCUACUCCGCACCGGUCGACAUCUGGGCAGUCGGCGCCAUGGCUGUUGAGAUCGCUACUUUGAAGCCUUUGUUCCCUGGCGGCAAUGAGGUCGACCAGGUGUGGCGGGUUUGCGAGAUUAUGGGUAGCCCAGGUAGCUGGGUCAACAAAUAUGGCCAUCGAGUGGGCGGUGGUGAAUGGAAGGACGGUGUGCGCCUCGCUCAAAAGCUCGGCUUCUCAUUCCCCAAGAUGGCACCUCACUCUCUUGACACAAUCCUGCAACCGCCGCAAUGGCCCGCCAGCUUGGCCAAUUUUGUCACGUGGUGCCUCAUGUGGGACCCACGGGGCAGGCCAACAUCUACGCAGGCCUUGUCCCACGAAUACUUCCAGGACGCUUUCGAUCCUCUCCGACUCAAGUCGUCUUCUUCCCGCUUACUGGGACGCAAGCAGUCCGACAUUUCCGGAAAGGACUCACCCGACGCGUCUCCCAGUCUAACAUCCAAGACCUCUUCAUGGCUACGACGGUCACUUGUGGCACGAGAGAGUGCUCCGGCUGUACCACAACACACCUCAACGCAGACAGGGUCGCCGCGGCCAUCACCUGCACACGCAAGUCCUGCAGAAGCACCAGCCAAGCAGCGCCCUAAUCCGACGAAGCGAGCUACGUGGACGAAUGGAGUCCCUGCUAACGGAGCGCCCAUUCCAAUCUUGCCUUCGAUUCGGCCAGUAUCACCUCUGUCGGCAGAAGUGACUGCGCAAGCGAGCGUACGCGCUGCAGAAAGCGACGAAAAGGCUGCGAAGAAGAUUGGCCGCCAACUCUCCGUUGCCUCGCACGGUAACCAUUAUGCAGACAUCCACCGCCAAGAAGCGGAGAGAGCCUUGAACGGCCAAUCAGGCCUUGCGUCACCGUCAAGUGGACAGAAAGAGGGCUUCUUUUCGCAUCUCCGGAAACGGGCCCGCCGUCUGUCUGGACGGUACCAAACGCCAAUGUCACCCAACUCGGAUGAUAUCGAAGCAAAUGCGGGUUGCGCACCCUGGGCGUCUGGCAACAACCGACAGUCAAUGAUGGUAGACCCACCUCUUGCCCCGACUCCAUCGACCAACUCUGAUUUCUCUGAUCUCGACAAGGCUUUGCAAAAUGUGAGAUGCAGCAUGGAAGGCCCACCGCAACCCAGCAACGUGACAAAGAGUACACAGCGCGUUGCUGCCAACCCGAUGCUCAAGCGAGGCCAUUCACUAAACCACGGAUCAGAGAACCGUACAUCACACCCCGGCUCCACUCAAGGACCUGGCCCGAUUUCAAGCAGGACAAGGCGCGCUGUCCAAACCAAGUCCAACCCUUCAAACAACUACGAAACUCCCAAUGAGGAGGAAGAGCUCUUGAGCGAAGUGCUUGCCUCUACGCACAAGGCAGUGAAGAAGCUUGACAGGAACUCUCAGGCCGCCCAGCAACCAGCGUACGUUGAUGGCAACGCUGCCGCCUCCUAUCUCACUCCAUCACCAUCCGCCAACCGCAAUGGCGUGGGAUUCGGACAAUCGCCUUAUAUGACUCCUACCAAGCCGCUCGAGAUCUCGAAGAUGCGUUCUGCCAAAGACCAAGGGGCUUCGGCAAAGUAUGCCACACCGCCCGACGAUCCCAAUGAUUGGGCAUCAAGUGUGGCAGCUAGUCUUAUGGCCACCCAGUCCAUGUACAGGUGA